UAUUAUGGGAUACACAGUGGCACCUUCUGCCGCGUUUCCCAUCAGCUCGUUUUCCUUCUGUUUUCAAGGACGCAAUGCUUUUAUCCUUUGGCCGUUUGUUGCUCCCUUCCCUCCCUGUCACAGAGACUGGGAGGCAGCCCAUCCCUAGACAAAGGGCCUUGGAGGACACGGAGACAAGCACACUUGGGUCUGAAAGGGGAGAGGACAGCUCCACUUCCAGAGCCAGCUCCUCAGUGAGCUCAGACAUCCCAAGACAAUUAGCCAAUUUAACGCACAUAAUGAAGCCUCACUCUCAUUUCAGAUGAUCUCAAAUAUCCCCACCCCAUUCGCUUAGAGAAUACCUCCCGUGCCAUCAAUACAGAGCCAUUCUCCACAGCUCACCCGGUCCUUCAGCUGGAAUUCUAGCGCGCCACGGGGAGCCUGCCAGGAAUGAAAAGGAGAAGGCAAGAGCGUGGGUGGCUGCAGGAGGCAGGGCCACCCCGGAGCCUGGACCCUGAAGGCUCCAGUGUGAGGGUUCCUUUUGGCUCCUUUCCUCUGUGGUUGACGCUUCUGCUUGGAGCUGCCAGGCGGGCUCUGGUUCUUGGGUUAGCAGGUGACCAAGGCAGGCCGGAGCCCCUGUAAAGGCCAGUGAGCGGGACACCUUCACUGACAACUGUCCUCCGCUCAGGGACAGAAUGUGUUGCCAGUUCCUGAGGCAGCUGCUGGCUAAGGAGAGCCAGCACUCCACCCCUGUGGGGCGCUUCCUGCUUCCGGUGCUCAUGGGAUUCCGCCUCCUGCUUCUGAUUUCCAGUGGGCCUGGGGUCUUCGGCGACGAUGAGAAGGAAUUCACGUGCCAUUUAGGAGAGCCAGGCUGCAAGACCGUCUGCUACGAUGUUUUCCGCCCCCUUUCUCCACUGCGCUUCUGGGCCUUCCAAGUCAUCCUGAUGGCUGUACCCAGUGCCGUUUAUGUGGGGUUCACCCUGUACCAUGUGAUUGGAUACCGAGAGGAACCAGGAAAGGAGAACAAGGGACAGGAGUCCCGGAUGGGCCACGGCGAGGAUGUCUCUGGGGCUGCCAGCUUCAGGCUUCUCUGGGCCUAUGUGGCACAUCUUGGAGCGCGGCUGGCUCUUGAGGGGGCAGCCCUGGGAGCUCAGUACCACCUGUAUGGCUUCAAGAUGCCUGGCACUUUUCUGUGUCGUGAGGAUCCUUGCAUCGGCAGCAUAACCUGUUUCCAGUCGCACCCCUCUGAGAAGACCGUCCUCCUAAAUGCCAUGUUUGGGAUCAGCGUGGCCUGUCUCUUGUUUACUUCCUUGGAGCUUGUGCUUUUGGGUUUAGGGAGGUUUUGGAGGGCGUACGAGCUCAAGCUUCCCUUUUUAAAGAACUUGCCAACCGCGAAGAGCUCCGUAAGGCGCAAGGACCCAGCAGACGACUUGUCGGUGGUGGAGACUAAAGAGCCGCUUUGAGAAGUAGAGCUACGAAGUUACCUGCCUUGCCUGCAGAGAACGCUGCCUGUGAUGGGACCUUCCUCCUUAUGUCCGGUGAGACAGCACAGCGGGUAAAGGCGUUUGCCGUCAAGCCUCAUGAUGGAUCUGAGAGUGAUCUCCAGAACCCACAUAGAGAAGGGAGAAAACCAAUCCCCACCAGAUAUCCUCUGACCGCCACAUAUACACACACACAGUCACACACACAUGAUAAUAAAUAAAAUAAUAAAACCUCAGAAAACAAAACAAAAACUCCCUAGUCUGGGAUUUUAUAGAGAUGGAAUCAUAUAACAGGCAUAUAACAUGCUUAUUGGCUACUUGUGUAUCUUUGUAGAAAGCACCAAGUCCUUAGAAUUAGGUUUUUUUUUUGCUGUUAUUGUUUUGCAUUGUAAGAACUCUGUGUAGCGUGAUUACGUUAUGAUGAGUCAUUUCGAAAUGUUCUCUUCCAUCCCAUGGGUUGUCUUUCAUUUUUUUCUGAGUAGUAUUCUUUUAAAAUUAUUUACUCCUUGCUACUUUCACACAUGUAUACAAUAUUUUUUGAUCAUGUCUACCCUCAUAUCUCUGUCUAACUCCUCCUGGAUCCCCAUGUCCUCUUCUUUCUUUGUAACCCACCAAGUACAAGAUUAGUGCUACUCAAAUAUGUGUAGGUGUGAAGCCAUCUACCAGAACGUGGUCAGCCUGCUGGACACCACAUCCCUGAAGAACGUGGACUCUUCCUCUACCAGCAUCUGUCAAUUGCUAACAGCUCCUCAGCCGUGGACAGCCCAUUGUCCAUCCGUGCUGGAAUGAUGAGUGCUGUGAGCCAGUGCAGACAACCGCUGCGUCUGUGAGCUCAUAAGGGCCACACCCUGCUGUGUGAAGAAGACAGUUUCAUAGCAGACUUCCCAGAGCGCUGGCUCUUUAAACCUUACUUCUCAGAGUGCUGGCAUUACCUGAGCUUUGGGGGCAAGGGUGUGUCUUAUUUGGGGUGAGUACUUCAUAGGCACUUGUCCCCUGCAUUUAGACGAAUUGUGAGUCUGUAUAUCAUACACUGUCCACUGCAAAAAGAAACGUCUGUGGCGGGGAUCAAGAGAUGACUCAAUUUAUGGAUAUAGAGAAUUAUUUAGAAGGUAGUUUGAUACUAUCCCAAUUUAGCAAACUAAUAGAAAUAGGCUUUUCUUCAAGGCCUAUGAGCUCUGCAGAAUGGUUUCUUGUCUUGAUGUAUAGUACCAGGCAUGAGUUUCCACCCUCGGAGUGGAUCCUCAAUCCGUUCAGAAAGCAGGUUGUUACUCCCACAGCAUUUAGACCACUGUUGCACACGGGUGUUGGCUUGUGAGGCUGGUUGUUGUAACUCACAGGAUUCAUACACGAUUAGGAGAGCUAGCCAGCAGGGAGCUGGCAGUAUUCUUUGAUGUACAAAAGCUUUCCAUUUUGAUCAAGUUUCAUGGAAAUAUUAAUUAAUUUAGGCUACACAAAAUAGGCAUGUCCUGUGAUAUUUUAUUGAGGGAGAAAUAACUUAUGUGAGAAGCCAUGAAAGCUGAGAGCCAAAGGUCUGCACGCCCAGUCGUGGUCAGCGCUAUGGGUAGGUAAGAUCUCUUCCUACAAUAAAGUCUAGUUACUCAUUUUUUCUUUCGUUUGUGAUUUUGGUGCUACAUUUAAGAGGCCAUUGUUUGACCCAAAGCUAUGACUUUACACCUGUGUUUCCAUCAAAGAGUUUUAUGCUUUUAACUUUUACAUUUAGUUUUUUUUAACAGUUAAAAAAAGACAAAGAUGAAAUUACCUUUCUUAUUGGAAAUAAUGUAAAUGAGCAAAAUCUUUGAGGUAUAAAAAGGAAGAAAAUCCUGUUAAUCUAAAGUUCUACAAUUGGCAGAAGUAACUCUCCAAAGCAAAGGCAAAAGGAAGGCAUUUGUAAGUAAAAAAAGCUAAAAGCUUACAGCUGACCAAUGUUCAAUAAGUGUUGGUGACCUGUGUUAGUUACUUUUCUAUUGAUUUGCUAAACCACCAUUACCGAGGCAGUUUAUAAAAUAAAAUAUUUUGUCUAA